AUGAGCUCACGAAUUGUUCCAACGAAGUUUCUGUUUUUUGGGCUAUUUUUGACAUUUUUGUCAUGGCCAACAGGUGUUGAAGGAAACGGUGUGGUGGAGCAAACAGCUCAAAAAGUUGAACAAAUCAAGGCCACCUAUCGUCCGCAGCGACACAAAAUGGUCACUGUGACCGAGUCGUUUCAGAAAGUCCAAAGCAACCUAUUAGCCAUGCGAAAAUCGGACGACUUUGAAGCGAAGAUUUUCACCGAGAUUCAAACGGUGAUCAAUAGCUUAAAAUCGGAGAAAGAGAAACAAGAAACACUUUUGCGAUCGUUUGGGGAUCAACGAUUGGCACUAGUGAACGAGAAAGAGAAUUUCAUACGCUCAAGACAACACUUCGAGAACGAGAUCGCACAGUUAGGAAAUCGCUUAGGUGGUGUUCAGGGCAGCAUGAAUGAUUUGACUAAUCGGAAGAGAGAGCUGGAAGCGGAAAUGGCAAGCCUAAAUGCUGAAAGAGAGAGACUGGACAGAAGGAGAAGUAAAUGGUAUCGGAAAUGGCUUCUGCGGGGUCAAUACAAAGCGAUGAAGGCGAAAAGUCGUAUGGCGCAGGCACGAAUCGGACAGUUGCAAGGAGAAAUCGGCUCGUUACAGAAUCAAAUCAACGCACUGAAUCACGAGACGAACGAAAAAAGACAUCAGGUUAACCUCCACAACGAGUACAUCGCGAAAAUGGAGGCGAGCAUCCGAAUCGUUGAGAGUGUCUACAAUCAACUCAAUAGCUGGAGUGGGAACCUGGGAGACUGGGUACUCUAUUUGGACACAUUGAUUCCACGAGCCAUUCGCGUUCAAGAUAACCUCGAGUUUGGGGACGAAGAGGAAGAAGGAAAACGAUCACCUUACACGGCAUCACCGAGAGAGCGAUCGUACAAAUUGUUGCCGAAAGAUGUGCUUUUCUGCUCUUACAUGAUUGAUACGUGUGGAGAGGAUUAUGAGGAAGCCGGUCAAAGUGUUGAGAACAUUCUCCAAGAAGAGGCCGCCGCACAAGCU